CCGCAGGGUCCGAACGCGCUGCUCCGAAGAAAGCCGGCGACCGCGGGCGCCCCGCCGCGCGGGCAGCCUCGGGACAAUGGGGACAAUGGGCCCGCGGCGCCUGCUGCUCGUCGCCGCCGGCCUCAGCCUGUGCGGUCCCUUGCUGUCUUCCCGCGUCCCCGCGCGCCAGCCAGAAUCCGAGAGGACAGAUGUCACUCUGAACCCCCGCUCGUUUCUUCUCAGGAAUCCCAGUGAAAACGUGUUUGAGCAGGUGCCCCUGGGGGAGGACGAGGAGGAGAAAAAUGAAAGUGCGUUGCCUGAGGGCAGGGCGAUCUACUUCAAUAAGAGCCGCUCUCCUCCCCCAUCACCUGCUCCCUUCAUCUCCGAAGAUGCCUCGGGCUACCUGACCAGCCCCUGGCUGACGCUCUUUAUCCCCUCGGUCUACACCUUUGUGUUCAUGGUCAGCCUUCCUCUGAACAUCCUGGCCAUCGCCGUGUUCGUCUUGAAGAUGAAGGUCAAGAAGCCGGCCGUGGUGUACAUGCUGCACCUGGCCGUGGCCGACGUGCUGUUUGUGUCCGUGCUCCCCUUCAAGAUCAGCUACUACUUCUCCGGCAGCGAUUGGCAGUUCGGGUCUGGAAUGUGCCGCUUUGCCACUGCGGCGUUUUAUUGCAACAUGUAUGCCUCCAUCAUGCUCAUGACCAUCAUAAGCAUUGACCGGUUCCUGGCCGUUGUGUACCCCAUCCAGUCCCUGUCCUGGCGCACUCUCGGCCGAGCUAACUUCACUUGCCUGGUCAUUUGGGUGAUGGCCAUCAUGGGGGUGGUACCUCUUCUCCUCAAGGAGCAGACCACCCGGGUUCCGGGGCUCAACAUCACCACCUGCCACGAUGUCCUCAACGAGACCCUGCUACAAGGCUUUUACUCCUACUACUUCUCAGCCUUCUCCACUGUCUUCUUUCUGGUGCCGUUGAUCAUUUCCACGGUCUGCUACGCGUCCAUCAUUCGGUGCCUGAGCGCCUCCGCGGUUGCCAACCGGAGCAAGAAGUCCCGGGCUUUGUUCCUAUCUGCCGCUGUGUUCUGCAUCUUCAUCGUCUGCUUUGGACCCACCAACAUCCUCCUCAUCAUGCACUACCUGCUCCUCUCUGACAGUCCCGCCACAGAGACAGCCUACUUUGCUUACCUGCUCUGCGUCUGUGUGAGCAGCGUGAGCUGCUGCAUCGACCCCUUGAUUUACUACUACGCCUCCUCCGAGUGCCAGAGGCACCUCUACGGCAUCUUGUGCUGCAGAGAAAGCUCCGAUCCCAACAGUUACAACAGCACCGGCCAGCUGAUGCCCAGUAAAAUGGAUACCUGCUCUAGUCACCUGAGUAACAGCAUCUACAAAAAGCUGUUGGCUUAGGGGAAAAGGGUUGCUGGAAGGUUACACAGAAAAAGGUUGGAAAAGCAGACAGCCUGGGGAUCCCAUUAGUCUCUGGCAAGAACUAUAUUUACUUCACCACCUAAAGCAACCAAUGUCUAAUUUGCAUGCCUACUUCUUGCAAGUGCUAUCAAGCAUAAUUACCAGGAAGGUAAUGGGCACCAGAGAUAGAGAUUUCCAAGGUUGCCAGUGCUGAGAUUGUAACUGACUGUCACUUCUUAUAUGUCUAGGUGACUUAAAUAUAUAGGUGGUAUGCACACACAUAUUUGCAAUGCAUUAUAAAAUCAGCGCCUGACACUUUCUUGUUUAUUCCCCAGCAAUUACUAUGGAAAUAAUCUGAUUCUCUUACUUAAUAAACAAAGUCUGGUUUGGUGGAUGUUAGCACUGAACAGCUGAAGGUAUCUGAUGAUAGGAAGGGGUCCAUAGUUUAGACUUAACAUGGCUUUUGCCCAUAUGUAUUUUUUUUUCCAAUGAUUUGAUGGUAAUGUUUAAGCAAUAGAAGGAUGAAACAGUACUAUCUGUGUAGGGGAAGGUCUUGUGCUCUUCAUCUUGAACAUAUCAUAGUUGAAGAAUUACCAAAGCAGUUGGAAAGCCCAUGUUGAUCGGGGUAGCGUUUUUACAAUUUAUGUACUGAAUACAUGGAUCAAGACUGAGCAUGAGACCCACCGGGUCAUAAGAAACCUUUCAAAGCAGCCAAGCCUGGUAACUAGGCACAGCCAUCUCCAGGGAGGCCUCUGAGCAGCAGAUACAUACCCGUUCAGUUGUGCCUCCCAGAAAUCAGAGAUGGGGACCACCAGGGCCAGCCCUUCCUCCUAGGCUUCCCAUUAGCUGUGAAUUGACUGUGUCAGUUAGAAAUUGGCAAGGCAGGAUAUGACAUCUUGGGAGGCAAUAACUACGAAAGUCGUCUGCACAGCUGAGGAGCAGGGAAAGGUGUGUUGACAUCCAGCAGCUGCCCUGCAAGGCUGGCUCUUGCAGAGACAUACCCGUGUGUCCUGGGCACUGAUGGAUUCUGGGCCUGCAGACUGACUGACUGCAGGACAUUAACUGAGUCCUGCCUUUGCUAAAGCAAAGCAGAUAGUUGACAUGUAGUCGAUAUGAUGUAUUAUGCACCAUAAAAACACCGUUGUACAUAGAAAUGUGUUCAGCCAGAUGUCACCAAGCAUAUUUCACAUAAGCAAGGCCUAAUAGCUAAACAACCUUGGAGAUCUGAGUUUCUGCUUCCAGUAGCUAUAGUUAAAUAUAAAAAUACAGUAUAAGAUGUAUAUUUUUAAGAAAUAAGCCCUUCAGUCUACAAUAAUUAGACACUAUUUAUUUACAAAUGUUUUAUUAAAAAUUACUCAAAUCAGCCACACACCUUUAAUCCCAGCACUCAGGAGGCAGAGGUAGGCAGAUCUCUGUGAGUUUGAGGCCAGCCUGGUCUACAUGAUGACUUCCAGGCCAUCUAGGGCUACAUAGUGAGACCUUGGCUCAAAACAAUAACAACAAAACAAAACAAAAAACACAUUUUUAAAAAGCAAGAAAACACAAAGUUUUACUUAAGUUUAGUUUUAAGCAAUAUAUAGGUCAGUCUGGUUUAAAAAAAAGGGAAGAAAAUGAACUUGAGAUUGAAAUGUAGGAAAAUUGUCCUGUAUUUUUUCUUAAGAGUUAAUUAAAUUAUUUUAAAAGCAUUUUUUAAUGACACAGUGACUAAUAAGCAUAUAAAAUCUUGAUGGCUUUGAUAAAGUAAUUUGAAAAUUAAUUUGAAAUACAUACUUUUCCUGAUUUAAGAAGUAUCUUGACUUUUAAGCAAAUAAAAGAGAGUAGAAAGGGUAUAUGUUUAUUUAAGAGAACAAAGUAUUUCCAAAUAUUGUAGAAUAGCGUCCAUGAAAGUCCUGUAAUUGUACUGUUAACUCGGUUACCGUAUUGAUUAAUCUAGAUCAUUUACUUGCCAUUGUGUGUUCUGUGACUUAAUAUAACUAUUAUUACUGUACUUGUGAACUUUGAUGUCACUGUUUUGUGUUCACUCUUUUUUUAAAUAUUGUAUAACAUAUUAAUAAACAUGAAAACGUGCUUGGUA